AUGAAGACCUCCCUCAUCUCCACGUGUGCCUGUGCCGCCAUCGUCGCCCAGGUCACGGCUCAGGACUGGGAUGACAGCGAUCUCCCGCCUGUUUCCUCCGAGACCCUCGUCGAUCUCGUCACCCUCGAGGACCUGCAGGCUGGCGCCGAAAAGCUCCAGUCUAUUGCCGAUGAGAACGACGGCACCCGCGUUUUCGGUGGCGCGGGUCAUAAUGCCACCGUCGAUUGGCUUUUCGACGAGCUCAGCGCGCUUGGCUACUACGAUGUUUCAAAGCAGGCGUUCGUGGAGCUCUUCUCCGGCGGGUCUGGCUCGCUCUCAGUCAAUGGCGAAGAAUAUGAAGCGGACAUUCUGACUUACACCCCUAGUGGUAGCGCUAGUGGAUCUCUGGUCGCCGUCGACAACCUGGGCUGCGAAGAGGCCGACUUUCCCGCCGAGGUCGAGGGUCAGAUUGCCCUCAUCUCGAGAGGUGAGUGCACUUUCGCCCAAAAGGCCACCAACGCUGCCACUGCCGGAGCUGCUGCGGCUCUGAUCUACAACAACGUCGAGGGUAGCCUAGCUGGCACUCUUGGCGGUGUCGGCGACUACGUGCCCGUCCUUGGCCUUGUGCAGGCUGAUGGCGAGGCUCUUUUGGCUCUGGCUGAGGCCGGUGAGACAGAGGUUGAGAUGGAGGUCAGCGCCAUCCUUGAGAAUCGGACUACGUUCAACGUCAUUGCCGAGACCAAGGGAGGCGACCACGACAAUGUCAUUGCCCUUGGUGGGCACACCGAUUCGGUAGAGGCCGGCCCCGGUCUCAACGAUAACGGCAGCGGUACCAUCGGUCUGCUGACGGUAGCAAAGGCGCUCAUCAACUUCUCUACCACCAACGCCGUCCGCUUCUUGUUCUUCAGCGCCGAAGAAUUUGGCCUGCUGGGUGCCGAAUACUACGUUUCGCAGCUCAACCAGUCCGAGACCGAGCUUGCCAAAGUCCGAGCCUAUCUCAACUUCGACAUGAUUGCCUCGCCCAACUACAUCAUUGGCAUCUACGAUGGUGAUGGCAGCGGCUUCAAUCUGACCGGCCCUCCUGGCUCUGCCGAGAUUGAGCUUGGCUUUGAGCAGUUCUUCGAGUCACAGGGGUCGAACUAUGUGCCCACCGAGUUCAGUGGCCGCUCUGACUACGGCCCCUUCCUUGAGAACGGUAUUGCCGCCGGCGGUCUCUUUACCGGGGCAGAAGAAAUCAAGACCGAGGAGGAGGCUGAGUUGUUUGGCGGCACUGCGGGUGAGGCUUUGGAUGCCAACUACCACGAGGCCGGUGAUACCAUCGACAACCUCAACUAUGAUGCAUUCCUGCUCAAUACCAAAGCUAUUGCUGAUGCCGUCGCCCUGUACGGCACCUCGCUCGACUCGAUUCCAGUGCGUGGAGCUGCUGAAAGGAGAAGGUCGGCCGAGGUCGCCAAGGCUCGCUUCAAGGAGAAGCGGGCGGAAAAGCACGUCCACAACGCGCCUUGCGGUCAUACCAAGUCGGAGCUUUGA